UGUACAAAACAGGGCCACAGGCACCGCCCACCAUAAUAUUUGUUCUAAAGCAGCAGCGACGGCUGGUUGGAACAACUUCCUGGGCCAAAAUGGCUGUCAGCACUGCCCAAGUGGGAAACCUCAGCAUCACCACUCAGAUUCUGCCGGCAACAGAUGAUGCUGCAACCGCUUCUGGGGCUAAAAAGACCCCGGUGACCUUUAAGGCGCAUAAGGAGCUGCACAUGAAGGCGCUGGGUACCGUGCUGAUCCUCGCUGGGCUGAUGCAGAUAUCGUUUGGAAUCAUCAUGACUGCGGCCGAGGAGGAAUUAUAUUCAUUAACCACACAAAGUCGAGUUUACUUUUGGGGCGGCUUGGUGGGCAUUUACGCGGGAUGUAUGACUGUGGUUUUGGCAACGACAGAAAAUGUUAAAAUGAUAAAGGCAUCGUUGGGAUCUAAUGCUGUGAAUGCAGUGCUUGGGGCAGUGGCGCUUAUCCUUUAUAUGGUUCAGCUGUACAGAGAAACAACCAUUUCUUGGAUUGCCCAGUACCAUGACGCAGCAACUCACUGCAACUUAUCAAGAACAACAGAUAGAGAUAGCUAUGAUUACUACUACUACUAUGGCUAUGACAGCGAGGAGGUUUAUGGUCUCCGGGUGGCAGUGAGUUCCUUGGUGCUCCUAUUCGCUCUCACCGCUUUCUUCACCUCUGUCUCUGUCAUUGUUUUGGGAAGGAAAGUUCUAAAUGACGAACAAUACUUUAUGCUGAACUGAAUAACCCUCAACCGUGAAACACAAUGGUGGAGACUUACCUGCUGCACUCACUGUACAUAAUGCCCCGGGGGCAGGAAUAAUCAGAGACCACUCGCAUUGCGCAUCACUGAGAGAGGAUGAAGCAAUGUAUACUUAUAUAUAAAGGAAUGGGAUCUGUUAUCCAGACUGCUUGGGUUUUCCUGAAUAAGGGGUGUCUGUGUAAUAUGGAUCCCCAUACUUUAUAAAUUAAAACAUUAAAGGGGACCUGUCACCCACAUAUAAAAAUCCCAGCUGUCAAUCAUAAAUUGCUAUGCCUUAGGGAUAGAGGUGGAGCAGGUAAGAACUUUCACUUUCCAUCCAGCACUUCAGAAAUAUCACUGCACUAUCCCCUUCCUCCUCGCCAUCUAAUUGUGUAGCCAUUUUAUCAAAUAAACAGGAUUUUGGCAUUAC